AUGUUACCUGUGUUAAUAAGACGCGUCUGGCAAGCCUUUUUACAGUUGAAUCUCUACAAAAACUCGUCGAGCAAUGAUCAAACUGCUUGCAAAGAAUAUCUCGCUACUCGUAUUUAUGUUUGUUGUCUGGCGAUAGCUAUCAUCAUAGUUACCAUUACGACGUCUUUGAUUACUCGUCUGGUGAAUAAAAUUGAAUAUUCACCGUCAUUCGAACGAUUUCUAGUACUAACAUCAAAGUAUCCGAACAGUGUUCAUUGCCCGUGUACAAAAGUCGGAAUUGGUUACGACGCGUUUGUUGCCACUCAAGUUCGAUUUCAUCAAGUAUGUUCGAGUCAGUUUGUUGAACAAACGUGGAUUGAUAUGAUGUUUGCUGCACAAAAUAGAACGUUAAUAUCGGCAGGUGAUUUUCGAACGAGAUUGAUCUUUUUCUGGCAGCUGAUCGCAGGAUUUUGUACGAUUAGCAAUAGAACAUGGAGCGAAGUUGUCGUCGCCUUUGAUGCAACUCAAAUUCUUAGUCAAUUAGCAAUGUCCGAAGAUCUUAUGCGGACUCAGGUCUAUGUAGAUUUAAAUAAACAAAUAGCUAUGGUACAGUCAGCGUUCAUUCGUGAUUUACGUUCUAUUCGACAAACAUUUCGUGGAAAUCAAAUGGUAUCUGGCUUAGGGUCAAAUUUCUAUAUGAAAUAUUCAGCUGGCGACGACACACAGUUUCAACCAGUUCCACAAAUGGCGCCACAAACGUAUAAUAAUUGCACAUGUUUGAAUAUUGCAGGGGGUCCGCAUC